AGAGAGAGAUUUUUGAAAACCAACAAGAAAUCACGACUCUCACAGUGAUUUGGGCUCGGCAGCUUGUUAGCCCUCAGCCGAAGCUGGGGCCGGUCCCGUAGCCGAGAGAUCCCGCGCCGUGAGUUCGACGCGGUCGGGAGGCCUUGCGGGGAGGCCAGCGAGGGCUGACUCGCCAGAGGUCGAUACUCUGGACGACCCAUAGGAUGCCACGAAUGCCUGAAGGAGAGGGAGGCGAGGCCAGAGGCAGACUCAGCUGCUCUCAGGUGAUCUCGCUUUGGUGGCCGAAGGACAAAUGGUCCUGUCACAUUCGCGUUCCAAGUCGUGGGGGUAGAAGAUUGCGGGGGGGCAUCGAGUCAACACUUCCUUGUAGUACGGACCGCCAGGCUCGCCGGCAGCAUCCGCAGGGAGGCAGGGAGGCAGCAUAUCAGGCACCAGUCUUCUGGAGAGUUCAACAGCUGCAGCCGCGAUGGCCGAUGGCAGAGUCGGCCACGGUUCGAGCGAGCAGCUUUUGGCUGCGGGAUCGAAUCGCGGAAGGCUCAUGCCCUCGCGGAGCGACGCGG